ACCAACCACCCUUCCACCCUUUCCUGCGCUGGUGCGCGCACACAGAUACAACAGCAGCCGAAAGAAUGAUUAUUGACGGCAAAAAGCUUGCAUGUGCAACAUGUAUCAAAGGCCACCGUGCAUCGCAUUGCAAACACAAAGACCGUCCAUUGGUAGAAAUUAAGAAAAAGGGUCGCCCAGCUACACAGUGUGAGCGUUGCCGAGAGCUGCGCACAGUGAGGCAAUUACAUGUAAAGUGCGACUGCGACGACAAUUUAGGUAAGCGUGAUUUUGUUAAGGGAAGAAAAAUCGCCCACGUUUUUUCUAAAAUGGUGAUCUCUUGAAUAUUACAGAAACAGCGCGAAAAAGAAAACGAACAGUGCCUUCAGAUAAAAUGAUGAAAGAGGCUGCAAAGUCAAACUUGCGCUUGAUUGCACCGAAACUUGAACAAUCGUUACCACAGGAAGAACAACAGCAGCAGCAGCAGCAGCAG